CUGGAGUUCCAAGUUCAAAGAAGAGGGCUGGAGGGAAGCCCAGUCUGGCGCCCCGCCCCUGAUUUAAGGUGCGCUGAUUGGCGGAGACGCCUGCUCGUUUCGUUCUCCAGAGAGGCCUCCAUUGGCUGUAAGGGGGAAAUUGCACUUGCCAGCCUCCUUGGCUUUGUCUUUGGACACUAUGGGACUGGAAGCAAAGCCCCAUGUGGUCGCCCACCCUUACUGGCCUCGAAAUCUAAAGCUCCCGCAUUACAUCCCGAAUGACCGUCCCAUGUGGCAGAUCUUGGCUUUCCUCUUCUCCAUCUCAGGUGUCCUCCUGAUAGUGACUUGGUCGGUGGCCGGCUGGCGCAGCCGGAAAGCCUCCCCUUUGGGAACUUGGCGCUCCUUGGCGGUUUGCUGGUUUGCCAUCUGCGGCUUCAUUCACGGUGUCAUUGAGGGCUGGUUCAGCCUCUACCACAUGGAAAUCCCUGGAGACCAGUCCUUCCUCUCCCAGCUAUGGAAAGAGUAUGCCAAAGGUGACAGCAGAUACGUCAUAGCUGACAACUUCACAGUUUGCAUGGAGACGAUCACAGCCUUUGCCUGGGGUCCUCUCAGUCUUUGGACAGUGCUGGCUUUUCUUUCGCGCCAGCCUUACCGAUUUGUGCUGCAACUGGUGGUGUCUCUAGGCCAGCUGUAUGGAGACGUUCUCUAUUUCUACACUGAGUAUCGGGAUGGUUUCCGUCACAGCGAAAUGUGGCACCCAAUUUAUUUCUGGUUUUAUUUUGUCUUCAUGAAUGCACUCUGGAUCAUCAUUCCCUCUGUUCUCAUCUUGGAUGCUUGGAAACACCUUAGCGCUUCCCAGAGGAUAAUGGAUGCUGGAAAGUUCAAGAAACACUGAUCCCACUGCUUCUUGCAGGGUCAGGGCGAAGUAUUGUUCCGUUUGGGCAGCAUUGUAUUCAUUCAGUGGGUUGAUUAGCUGUUUCCAGCUCCAUGUCUACGUUUUUCUCCUCCUUUUCUUUAAACCCCUGAGAGGUCCUAUGCCAAGAUACAACUAGAACCAGUUCUGAGGAACAGAACCAUCUAUGGCAGUUAUUCUCCACUGCUGCCUUAACAUGUAGCCCUAAAGUAGGGAUGGACAACUGUGGAUCUCUAGAUGUCAUUCAAUUACAAUACAUGUCCAUACUACAUUGUGGGUUGAUCAGAUGUAUUUCUUUUGGUUUGCUAAAACAAAUGUCAACAACUCAAUGAUUCUUGGAGCCUCAACCUCAUAAACUGUGAAACAAAAUAUUUUAAGUCAUAGUAGGUAAUGUGCAGCCCUCCAGCAGUUGUGGGACUGAAGAUGCCAUCAGCUCUCCCACACAACCAAUAGUGAAUGUUAAAAGUCCAUUGUCGCCUCUCUAAGGGUGCAGUCCUAACAGGAGCUACUGGGGAGUAAACAUCUCUGAAAUAUGUGGAUUUUGCUCCUGAGUAAAUAAGCAUAGAGUCAGGAUAUCUCCGUGAGAAAACCUUUGCAGUGCCACCUUGGGCUCAAACAUGGUGUUCUGGAGGAUACAUAUGAAGCUCUGUUUCCCUCCUUGUUCUAAAGCUAUGUCUAAACUAGAAGGGAGAACAUUUAUCUAAUCUCAUAUCACUGCUACCUUAGACAGAUCAGUGAUAAUGGAAGUUUCAUGGAAAGUGUACUGUAUUUCUCCUGGUCACAGAUUAAAAGGAACUCGAGCUAAAAAGAAAACCAGCUGUGGCAAGUUCAUUAUUCUUGCCCUGUGGUAGUGGGGGUUCAGAUGGUCAUCUUGCAGCUUUUGAUUUUACUCCAGCAAAGUGAUCAGUUUGUGCUUGGGGCAGACCUAGCAGAUGCUCUUCUGCAAUGAACACUGUUCAGAUGAAAGGAGGAAUUGACACAUUGAACCUGGAUGGCUGAAUUCUACUUUCUUGGAUCUGUGAAGGAUGGUAGUCUAGGUAUUUAGCCAUCCAUAACAUGUUUGGAUUGCCUUUUUAGAUCCCUUCAAAUCUGUUUCCCAUUUGCUACUGAACGCUUUCAGUAGCACAUCUCAUUCCCAUUACCCAUGUACUCAAGAUAAGUGACUUGAAUAUUUUCCAUCUUCCACUAGAUCAGUAAUUUAUAUGUGGAAAUGUGAUUUUUUUUUUUAAAAAAAUAAACAAUAUAAAACUG